CGCGCGGUGUGGAGCGGACGGAGCCGGAGCUCAGCGGCAUCCAGAGCAAGUUGUGCCGACGGGACACGGAGGACAGCAGCGAGAGAUGGUAUGAAGAGACGGAGCCCAUAUUGCGUUGGACGAGAGCCAGCUGUGUCAGAUGCUGUCACAGAGCGCUGAGAGCGUUCCUGCGAGCGGCGAUGGGACCCGGUGAGGUCGCGGACAUGAUAAGAAAUCUCCACGGAGCUCCGUUUCAAUCACAACGGCAACACUAGACGGUGGAGACGUCCAUUAUCUGAAAUUAAUGUCAGCUGUGUUGCGGAGGCAGCCUCAAGCUGCGCCGCCAGAUCUGAGACACCCCAUGGAGGCGUGGCCUCGACAGGUCCCACACUGCUGCCACUGGUAACACCAGCCCGAUGAACAGAGAUGCCUUCUAAGGUCUCCUGCUUGUACCUGCUGACAGUGGUUUGUUGGGCCAGCGCUCUGUGGUACCUGAGUGUGUCCCGCCCCUCCACCUCCUACGUGGGUCAGCUGACUAUCCCAAUACGCAGGACGCCCAAGGUGAACAAGAAUGCCACCUUCAGCAACAUCCGCACGCGCUCGCUCAACCCGCACGACUUUGGCUACAUCAUCAACGAGGCCAAGAAGUGCGAGGCGGAGCCGCCCUUCCUCGUCAUCCUGAUCAGCACCACCCACAAGGAGUUUGACGCCCGUCAGGCCAUCAGAGAGACAUGGGGCGACGAGAGCACGUUUCCAGACGUGCGCGUGGUCACGCUCUUCCUGUUGGGCCGCAGCACGGAUAACGUUCUCAACCAGAUGGUGGAGCAGGAGAGUCAGAUCUUUCACGACAUCGUAGUGGAGGAUUUCAUCGACUCGUACCACAACCUGACGCUGAAGACGCUGAUGGGGAUGCGUUGGGUCGCCACCUUCUGCCCCAAGGCGCAGUACGUCCUCAAGACGGACAGUGACAUCUUUGUCAACAUGGAGAACCUCAUCUACAACCUGCUGAAGCCCACCACCAAGCCCAGGAGGAGGUACUUCACCGGCUACGUCAUCAACGGCGGGCCAAUCAGGGACAUGCGCAGCAAGUGGUACAUGCCCAGGGAUCUGUACCCGGAGAGCAAGUACCCGCCCUUCUGCUCCGGCACCGGCUACAUCUUCUCAGCCGACGUGGCCGAGCUCAUAUACAAGACGUCGCUACACACCAGGCUGCUGCACCUGGAGGACGUGUACGUGGGCGUGUGCCUCCGGAAGCUCGGCAUUCACCCGUUCCAGAACAGCGGCUUCAACCACUGGAAGAUGGCCUACAGCCUUUGCCGCUACCGGCGGGUGGUCACCGUCCACCAGAUCUCCCCCGAGGAGAUGCACCGCAUCUGGAACGACAUGACCAGCAAGAAACACCUGAAGUGUUAGCAGGGCCGGGGGGGGAGAGCCGGGGAGGAAUCGAACGCCCCUCUCAUCAACUGCUUCUCCGUCAUUGGCGUCGGCAGAUACUGUACAGCACGUAGCGCCGAGCCAAAGGAACCGUAUUGACAAAGUGUCCGGGCUUCGUCCUGCUGCUCACUGCUGUGCCAGGAGUCUCUGUAGUGCAAGGCCAAAGCAAACUUCUCUGUACUGCUCUGUCCUCUCGGUCUCACUUCAAGGGGUUUUUCAGCGCUGCUUCCUGCGGCACCGUCGUUUUUAUAGGGAAUGAUGAGACAGGAAGUGCAGACGCCUGUGUUUUAGCUUCUCAUUUAUACAAGACACAAACUGUUACGAAACAACCGGAUCACACAAACGUCAACACACUGAACACAGACGUUGGCCUCUGGAGUUGAGCUCUAACUCUGAAUGUUGCUCAUGUAUUUUCAGUUGUUGUACUUUCUGAACAAGGUGUUACUGUUGGAUGUAUUGUCUGUGACUGCAGCAGCUGGGACCGCGGCGAGCUCUGGAUUAUCACCGAGCGGACCUGCCUGAUUCCUUUCAAGACGUAUUUUUCUUACAACAGAUCUGCAGAUCUUUGUGAAGGUUUCCUCUAGACGGCGUGGAGACGUCGGCUGCUUCGCGUUCCCGAGUGAAUGUUACUUCUGUUGAUGUGUACCGUGCGGUUGUUUGUCUCAGGCAGCGCUGUGAGCUGGGCUGCAGAACAUUAUAUUUUCUAUUACUUGAACAAAAAGGAGAGCAGAUGUAAUGUAAGA